GGUUCAGGCGUGAUGCCUAUAACAGGACAGACUCUAUAGGCAAGCCCACAGAAACCAGUGGCAACACUAGUGCCUGUUGGGACCUCUCGCUGUACCUCCUCAUUGCCCUGGAUCUGAUUUCCAGCUCCUAAAUAAAGCUUUGUAUAUGAUGCACAAUCAGAAGCUGCCAGCUCUCAUUCUGGCGCUGUCCCUGGUGCUACGCUGCGUCACCGCCGCCCCCAACAACAGGUAUGAAGCUUCAUCCAGUGAACAAGCAGGUGCACGACCAGAGAGAGAGAGCUGGCUACUGCCUAGAAUGUCCAAACACACCUUUCCGAGCCUUGAUGGAGCGCUACCGCAGGGUGGGCUAACGGCAUUGAGCGGGCACCAAAUACAGAAGCGGAAGUGCAACACGGCAACGUGUGUCACCCAGCGCCUGGCAGACUUCCUGGUCCGCUCCAGUAACACUUUGGGCCCCCUGUAUGCCCCAACCAACGUGGGAUCUAACACCUAUGGCAAGAGAGACCGCCUGCAACCAACCAGCUACCUGCCACUGUAGCUCUGGAACUGUGUGGAAUUCCCUACCCUUCUGGAAUGACCUCACUAAGAACAAACUACAAAUAGUCUUAUAUCUCUUCUAUCUUAAACAUCUCAACAAUCAUUAAAUAUGAGUUUAAGUGGUAGUUUUAACCCUAAACUCCCAGUGCCUUGUGGUGCAACAUCUGUGGUCAUGAUGUGCAUUGUGGGCCUGUUUGAUUCAAUUUCCUUAUCUGUACACCUAUUACAGCCUGCCUGAAAUCAACUACUGCUUCUGUACUAAAAUUUCAGGCUCUUCUGAUUCAACUUCUCCAUCUUUACACCAGUCACAAAUUGUUUCAAUGCAGGAUCACAAAAUGGCAUGUAUGUAAAAUGUAUUGUAAAAAAAAAUAAAUGACCUUGAGCAAUUAUAUUUAACAGAACUGAA